GAAUUGUCUUUAUUCCAGGAACAUCCCAAUUAACAGCCAAAGACAUCUUAUACCGACUCCAGGCUUCGAAGGCCAAGUGUAUCAUUACCAAUGAUACACUGGCACCUGCAGUGGAAUCUGUCAUGCCUGACUGCCAGUUUCUGAAAAGCAAACUAAUUGUAGCCAAAGGGAGCAGAGAUGGGUGGCUGAACCUCAAAGAACUCUUUGCGGUGACAUCUGCUGACCAUAAAUGUGUCAAGACAAGGAGUCAAGACCCAAUGCUGAUCUAUUUUACUAGUGGAAGUACAGGCUCUCCAAAAAUGGUGGUGCAGUCCCACAGCAGUUAUGGCAUCGGAUUUGCAACCAGUGGCAGGUACUGGAUGAACUUGACUUCUUCAGAUAUAAUGUGGAAUACCUCUGAUACUGGUUGGGUAAAGUCAGCUUGGAGCAGCGUUUUUGCACCAUGGAUCUGUGGAUCAUGUGUCUUUGUACACAAUAUGCCACAGUUUAACCCAGCCAUUAUUGCAGAGACUCUCUCAAGAUACCUCAUCACUGCCUUUUGCAGUGCUCCCACUGCCUACCGCAUGCUGGUCCGACAUGAUUUGAGCAGCUACAAGUUCAUGAGUCUGAAACACUGUCUAUCUGGAGGGGAACCGCUCAAUCCUGAAGUGAUGGCAAAGUGGAAAAUCCAGACAGGGCUGGAUAUCUAUGAAGGUUAUGGCCAGACUGAGACAGUGACAAUAUGUGCCAACAUGAAGGGAAUGGAAAUUAAACCUGGCUCUUUGGGAAAAGCUGUUCCCCCUUAUGAUGUGCAGAUCAUAGAUGACCAUGGGGCUAUUCUGCCUGCAGGAAAAGAAGGCAACAUUGCUGUCCGAGUUCAACCGACACGACCAUUCUGUCUGUUCUCCGAGUACUUUGAUAAUCCAGAGAAAACUGCUGCCUCUCUGUGUGGAAAUUUUUAUGUCACUGGGGACAGAGGGAUUAUGGAUGAAGAAGGAUAUGUCUGGUUUGUUGGAAGAGCUGACGAUAUAAUUAAUUCUUCUGGGUAUCGUAUUGGCCCAUUUGAAGUUGAAAGUGCAUUAAUACAACACCCUGCAGUCUCAGAGUCAGCUGUUGUCAGCAGUCCUGAUCCAAUUCGAGGGGAGGUAGUCAAAGCCUUCAUUGUUUUAGCUCCUGCUUUUGUAUCACACUGUCCAGAAAAAUUAACUCAUGAGCUUCAGGAACAUGUCAAGAAGGUGACUGCACCUUACAAGUAUCCAAGGAAGGUGGAGUUUGUUCAGGAUCUGCCAAAGACGGCUACUGGGAAAAUCCAGAGAAAGGUUUUAAGGAACAAAGAGUGGGGAAGAGUAUAA